GCUUCUUGCACUAACGUUUCUCGCACGAGCUUCCUAGCUGUGCGAAACUCAUCCUUGAGAGUCUCAUUACGCUUGGAGAUACAACAUAAUAAUAUAAUUUUGUAACACGAAUUACAUAUAAUAAUAACGUGUAAUUAUACAAUUACGACUGUGGUUGUUCGCACAGAUAGUCCUAACCUCAAAAACAUCGUCGUCCUCGACAGUUGCCAAAUCUUUUUACAGUGACGGACGACGCUUUUUGUUAUUAUACAUCUAUGCUAUGCGCCAAAAUGUAACGCACGGAUGAUUUUUUUACGAAAUAUCAUGGGUAUCGCGCGAAAUUUCACGAGAAGACGCGUAAUUUGGUAGCGUUCUCACAGCCGUUAUUGUGAAACUGUCAUCUUAUCAUCGAACAUAAAGGUCGAAAUCGGCAUAUCGUUGAUAAGUUACUUAAUCGCCACGUCAUAUUAUCAAUCUUAUAUUUCCCUCGUCGAUGAGUUAACCGAUGACCUUUCCAACCCAUUACGCGAAAUAACGCUAGCUAGUGUGGAAUAAGCGGGAAUUAUGGGCAGCCAAAUACUUCCGCACUUCACGUCCGGAGUCAUCGUUAAAGGCUUUGGCAGAGGUUCGAAAGUUCUCGGCAUUCCGACAGCUAACUUUCCGGAAUCCGUGGUCGAGGAUCUGCCGAAGGACUUAGUCACUGGAAUUUACUAUGGCUGGGCCUCCUUACACAGACAAAUUUAUAAAAUGGUCGCAAGUAUAGGAUGGAAUCCGUAUUACAAGAACGAGAAGAAAUCAUUGGAAGUUCAUCUGCUACAUAAAUCCCAAGGUGAUUUAUACGGUGAGGAGCUUAAAAUGAUUAUCGUCGGAUACAUACGACCGGAAAAGGAUUUCUCGUCCGUAGAGGAACUCAUCCAAGAGAUAAGGAACGAUAUCACAAUCGCGGAAGAGAGACUAGAGGAGGCUUGUUUAAACAAGUUAAAGAAACACGACUUCUUGAUCAAAUGAACAGUAAGACAAGCAUAAGAUAAACAGACGCAGUAUUUCGUUAUUCCUGUUUCGGCCGGACGAGAGAGUUGUAAAACUACAAGCUAUCUCACAGCCUUAGAGAUUAAUAUAUAUAUUUAAAUAUAUAUUAUUAUAUAUUUUUUGUACACAACUAAUAUAUAUAUUAGUAAUAUUCUUUAUAUUUCAAAUAGUCCUUGCAAAACACGUGACAAUUAAAGAUAUACUAACUUGAUGACUCUGAUUGUACACAUUUGUAUAUAAUCUCGCUUCAGUGGAGAUCUUAGUCUUGGUCUACAAUCCUUU